AGUCUCGCCCCUCCUUCCUCUUAGAUAAUGCAGCGGCGCAUUUACCGUAAUUAAAUUAGAGGAGUGCAUACUAAACGUUUUGUUACAAGUAGUAGUCAUUAUGCAAUAAACUCGAAAUAAUAUGCUAGAACAAAGUAGUGCGUAACUGGCAAUAACUGAGUGGGUAAUCUACUAAAGAGUUUAAAUGAAUCGGCUCACGUGUGCGCGCUACUCGCCCGCGACGUCGGACACAAAACCCCGCAAACGGCUCGGUUAAAUUAACUGUAUUGAACGCUAAAGCCGCGUUUUACUCUGACGUCUUUCCUACCGCUCGUUUCUGGGUUAUGUGCGUAAGACGUUUUCAUAUUUAGGGCAAAAUGGCGUAGUGGUCGUCUGAGGGAAGAUCCUUAAUGUGCUCGUGGACUACUUGGAUUCCCAAUGCGACUUGACGAAGUGGAGUACGGUAUUGCAUAUUGAGGGGUGUAUACGUCCACGAUGCGUUUCUCGAGAAAGGGGUAACUGUUCGUUACUAGGCAGUUGUUCUGGGGGACCUCUGUAUAUUUAACACUAUUUUGGGAGGCGGGAAGAGGAAGAAUGAAAGAGGUCUUCCAACGGAGCGGUUAUAAACAUGAACGGUGCCCUGUACAUUUCGUUUUUCCAAGGUCAGCUGGAGUCCGCACUGGAGCAGGUAGUGCAGCUCGCCGUUCAGGAAAUCACCAAGACUGUUGGGGCCACUUUGAAUUCAAUGCUAUUGGAAACGGCCACCAAAGAGCAAGAAAAUCAGCGUUUAAGGGCGACCCUUCAGUCUCGUGGAGGGAACAGGAAAAGCGAUGCGUCUAAGGGAAAAACAGACACGAACGAUGAAACAAAGCAACACACCCCCAGUCAAAGCCCUGAAUGUGGCGUUCAAUCUGAAACGCUCAGGCGUGAACAGAAAGCGCGAGCAGUUGGUCAGUUAAAAUCUGUUAUGGAACAUGUGCUGGAAUUUGCAGUUUGUGAGCUGACUAAAAUCGUGGAAGACAGCUUUGACGACCUGCUCUCGGAGUUCACCAAGAAGGAGCGGGAAAACCAGAUAUUAAAAGAGCAGUUACAGGACAAGAACAUAGCGGAGGACAGUGAUGUAGAAACGGAGGACCGCAAAAAUGACUCUGCCUCUCCUAGCAGUUCCAAAGCAGAAAAGCAAGAGUCGAAAGGCCUGCAGGACCAAUCACGCAAAAAAGAGUGGGAAAAGGAAAAAAACGAAACCACAAAUGAACCAGACAAGCAGACUGUCAUUACAGUGGCUCAGGACUGGGUGCCCAUCCUGGACAAAGUCUUUGGGCAGAAGUGGUGCAGUGACCUCUGGCAGAUCAAAGAGGUCACCACCAGUAAAGAGGAGCGCACUGGGCUGAGUUCGGGCUCGGUGACUGACAUGGACAGCUUAAUUCGGGAGACGCUCAUGCCGUCUUGCCUGGCCACUCAGAGGAAGCUGGACCUUGAGGUGGGCCAGCCACCCUGGUUGCCACUUGAUGAUAUGGAGGUCGUUUCUCUGACCUCUGAGGCUCAAGGCGUUCCUGUCAUCAGCUCCACAGGUGACGACUCUCAAAUCAGAUCCCCGUCAAUGUUGCAAAGACUCCUGACGCUUCCUUCCCAGCUUCUUGAGGAUGACGAUGAGUCCAUGGAUGCCGUUCCCAGUCUGGAAGUGUCCACAGAUCCGGCUGAUUCACAAGUCAGUAAGGGCUCAAAGAGUGACCAGAUGAAUAAGAAAAAGGAAGGCGAGGAUGAAGAAGAGGAGGGCGACGAAGAUGACGGCGAGCCGGCGGACAGGACUGAGUCCUUGAAAUACAAAGGUAGGAGAAAAUCCCAUGCUUGCAAAGAGUGUGGCAGGAAGUUCAGCCGGGCGCAUCUUCUCAGAGCCCACCGACAAACGCACGAGGAGAUGCCCAACCGAUGCCCACAAUGUGGAAAGAGUUUCUCCCAGUCUUCAAGGCUCCAGGCUCACUUACGGACGCACACGGACAAAACGAUAUGAGAGUGUGUAGAUGAAAGAAAUACUGGAGAAUAGGAGGGGAGGUUUUCCAGUGAUAGUUGCUUCUCGAAGUGAGUACUGGUAAAGGAAAUGCAAGAAACGUGUAGCCUUUUUUGUUGGUUUGAAGGUACACUGAGGUAAACGGUAAAUUAGUCAUCCGACACAAUUUAAGAUGUUUUUACCUCCAUUACAUUACUCUAAUUUUAGGGAUUAUUGGAAGAAACAAAUACCAGUAACAACAAGCUGUGUACGCAGUGUAAAUAUCAAAGUAGGGCUGUAUAGACCAUCACACUAAGGGUUGAAGAAUUUCCUUUUUCCAUUGGGUGUUUUUUCAUAAAACAAGUUUUAAAAGAUCCUAAAACUUUGUAAAUAUUUUAAACAUGUUACAUGAAGAUGUCAUGAAAAAGGAGGUCGCUAGUUAAUAGGUCCCUUGCAGCAUGCUGGUCUUGUUUCUUUUUACAACCUUUUGAAUGUGAUCAAACGAACCAGAGAUAGCGUAACACGUCUCCUGCGAUCAAAUCAACCAGUUUUUCAUAUGUCUUUGCUGACUUAGUACUCAACAUGAAAUACCUCUUAUGUUCAGAUGUCAUACUGGAUUUUUAUAUAAUUAAAGUCUCGACUUACACGUCAGAUUCUAGAUGUUUUCUUCAACCUUUUGCCAUGGAUCGAGGAUGGCUUACAGUUUUUGACUUGAACAAUUGUCAUCUACUGCAUGACGUGCACAACCAAGGAUAUCUUCAAGAGGCGGGGAGUCUGAAAACGAGAUGACACGAAAAUUGCAUUGAAAUGGUUAUUUGGAAAUAAACUUGAAGCUCCUAAUCAUAUUCUCAUUUCAGUGACUUUAAAAGAGGAUCUGACUUUCCUAGUGUCCUCAACUAGAGUAGCGUCUUCCUGUACUGUUCGCGUGAAGUGUUCGCAUGGCUCAACAUCUUGAACUUGGAGAAAUGCUCAGUUGCCGGUUGUGAGAUUUGGUUUUCCCAGCAUCGGUGGCAUGCAUCUGAAUACGGAGUCUUCCUUAGGGAAGCCGUUAUCUACUAUUUCCAGAGAGGCAGACGAAUUCUGCACUUAAAAUUUUCGCCCUGUAUCGAAGGGAUAUAGGUCCCACCUGUUACGCACAUUCCCACUCUCGACCCUGAAGUUUUACAAUCUCUCUCUGUCAGUAAUAAGCAUGAUGGGGGAAAAAAGUACAAGGUGUUACUGUUACUUCUCGGAUCAAUACCUCAUCGAUGGGACCAUAUCUUUCGGGACUUCUGCAAUAUCAGGAGUUUAGGUCCUGCUCAAAAAAAAAAAAAAACGUUUACAAAAGGAACGGGACCGGCCAGUUGGCCUGCUUAUUAUUUGAUUGUGCAUUUAAAAAUGUGGCUUAUUUUGUUUAACGCUAUCUAAUAUGUCCCUGUUGGAAGGUACCAAGAACCUGCGACCCAAAGAUUACAAUGAAGGGAAAACUUUUUUGACCGUACAUACUCCUUUGGAUUGUAUUGCUUUUUUUUUUUUAACAUUAUGGGCCAUUACAUUUUACAUUAUGAACCCUAAGCUUCUUACAGAUGUACUGAGUAUCGUAACUUCAUUUGUAGACUAUAAUGAAGUACUUUAUCUGUUUAGUGCCUAGAUUUAACCAUUCAAUAAGCUGAUCUUGUAGGUGUUGGUGAUGAUUGAGAGGUUAAUUCAUUGUUUAGCACCCUGCCUUUGUUUAAAAAAAAAAAAAAUUACCAGAACUCCUUCUUUCUUGUGCUUUGCGCUUUCUCCUGAAUAGUCAGCUCUAGAUAUUGUACUAGUUCUCUUUAAUUAUUACUGCUAGUCUGAUCUGACUUCAGUGUCAAAAUAACUCUGUAUGUUUCAUCAAUUAAGAUUGCCGGGAAGAGUUAGUUCACCCAAAAAUGAAAACCCUGAGACAUUUCUCAAACUAUCUUACAGGUUUAAUCAUGCAGGUUUGAGGGUGAGUAAAUAAAGGCAGAGUUUUCAUUUUUUACUGAACAAUCCCUUUAAAGGACUAGCUCGCCCAAAAAUAAACUUGUCAUCGUUUGCUCACCCUCAAGUUGUUCCAAACUUGUUGAACUGAAAAGAAGAUAUUUUGAUAAUUGUUGGUAACCAAACAGUUGCUGGUAGCCAUUGACCUCCACAGUAUGGAGAGAAAAAUAGAUACCGGCAGUUACCGACAUUUUUCAAAAUAUCAUCUUUUGUGUUCAACAGAAGAAAGAAAAUCAUACAGGUUUGGAACAACAUGAGGCUGAAUAAAUGAUGACAGGAUUUUCAUUUUUGGGUGAACGGUCUCUUUAAGCUAAUUACAGCUCAUGGAUCCAAAAGACUAAAGAGGAACUGGUGAUAUUAGUAAGAGUGACAAUAUUAUGGUGUAUUUCAAUUUUUCUGGGUUACAAUAAGCAAUUUAAAUCAAUAUUGAAGGACUUGAAUUUUGCAUUUGACUUAAUUCCAUGAAAUGGCCCCAUGUAAACCCAUCUAUUUAUGACCAUGAAUUAAAAAAUCUUAGCAUGUAAAAUUGCUUCGGGCCGCAGAUAUUUAUUCAGUUAGUACUGGCGAAUAUGUGAUGCAGUCUCUUGUAAAAACAACAUUGCGGGGUAUGUUUGUUUGUGUGCGCGCGCGUCUGCAGUCACUGACUUUCCUUGAAGUGCAUCAUGGUAACUCAAUUGACCUGCAUUAAUACCCUACAUCUGUUAUUUUAUUUAUUUUUAUUUUUUGUAACCUUUUUUAUGAAGCAUAAUGAACAGCAUCUUUCUGCCAAACAGUCUGAAACAUGAGCUUUGUGAUGCAGUCCAACAUUCGCCCAAAGAACUGCAUUGUUCUAAUGAACUACUUGAGCAUUUUGGUGUUUUGUUUUGUUAUGCAUGAUGACUCCUUUUAGCGGUUUUGUUACUUUUUAAGAAUCUGUCUUGUCAUGUAUUGAAAAGAACACUUGUUACAGACCAAUUGGAUCAAGUCUUUUCCAUGGAUCAUGGUUAGUAGUUUUCUUUUUUGUUAUGGCAUAGUAGCUCUAAAUGGAUUAUAGAGUUCAGCAUUUGACCAAUAAAUGCUAAGUAUUACUUUUGUACCAUUUCCUUUUUUUCUUAGUCAAAUAUAUAUUUUGCACUGUUUUCCUGUUACUCCUCGCAUCCAUACCUCAGUUUUGUCGAUAGUCUGAAAGCAUUGCUCAGUUCAUUACCUCAGGACUCAUUCACAUAGUUUUAUUUAUGGCAAAAGUAGACAAAUACAAGAGCUCUGUUAAAUUUGGGUUUACAUUAAGUAAUAUUUUUUUUUUGUUGAAAUCAUCUCUAAAUUGGGAGAAAAAAAUAAGUGUUAGAGUGAUUAAUGAAAACUUUGUUUAAUCAAUAUAGUUAUUUUACAGUAAAAGCACAUUAUGAUCCAGGUAAUUAUGAACCACGUAUACAGAAAAUCAAUACUAAAUCUUUUCCUUUCGAUGUUGCACAAAAUUUGGUCAACUCUCGAAAGUCAUUAUUGGGAAGUUGUGUAUGUUUGUUUUUUCAUCUCUUAGGAAUGCUUGUUGUAACCAGCAUUUAAUUUCUACAUCUUUUCCAAAAAAACAAACAAACAAACAAACAAAAAAAAAAAAGAUUUUGCCUAUCACUGAAAUGUCUUUUAAUGUGACUGGAAGUAGUUGUACAUUUGAAUUAUGGCAAUACAUUAAAAGGUGGAAUAUUGCAUCAA